UUUUGAAUAGAGAGCAGGCGGAAGCUGUGUGUGUUUGGGAUCGGCUGGAGCGUGAACGGCUGGGAGGAAGGAUCAGGAAGAGGAGAGCACGAGCCACAAACCGGAGAGGGAGAAAACAACAAGGUACCAAAAAACCUUCAAAAAGAAAAGAAAAGAAGAAGAAGAAAAAAGGCGCGUGAGUCUGUUUCCAACAACACAGCUGCCAAUCAAACACGACCAGAUCCGCCAGGUGCGCUACGACCACGCCCCCCUCAGGAAGAUGGAUGGAAGCGGCGCGGCAGGAAAUCCCAGCGCUGCCUCGUCUGGCUCACUUCCUGCCCACGCUAACGGGGCGGCGUCGGCCGAGGAGGCAGACCAGCAGAGCAGAGAGUCCGUCGACCCCAGGUCCCAGAAGCACCAGAGUCCAGCGGACCCAAAUCCAGAACAACCAGAACCAGAACAUACCUGUCCAGGUAAACUGGAUCUGCUUGCAGCAAGCCAAGAACCAGAAGACUUUUGUUUGACAGAGAAUCCUCCUCCUCCAAAUGAUCAGCCAAAACCAGAUCCAACCAAACCACACCGUCCUCCUGGACCUGAACAUGAACCAGGUCACUCUCAGGACCACCAAAAACUUUAUCUUGUAGACCUGGAUUCUGAGGAAAACCCUCCUCUUUUGUCUGAGGAUUUAAAUCAAGGAACGAAGGAGCUCUUGUUUUCACAGUCCAGACACAAGCAGAACCACCAGGAUCCACCUCCAGAGAAGCUCACCUCUCCCACACCAGACCGACACAGUCCUCAUCUGGACCUGAACACCCAGCAGGUUGCUUCAGUCGACCAGCAGAACCUGCUUCCUCCUACAACCUACUCUUUGACCCUGGCUCCUCCAGCUCCGCCCCUCACUAUAGAGGCCUUCUGUGACCAGGUGAGGCCCCACCCUCCUGGCUCCUCAGGUGAGCCCAGACUAUGUGGCUACCUUCAGAAACAAGGCGGACCCCUGAGGGCCUGGAAGCAGCGCUGGUUCACCUACGAAGAGAAGAAGAACCAGCUGUUCUACUAUCGCACGCCACAGGAUGUGAUGCCACUGGGGAGGGUGGAGCUCAGCGGCGCCACCUUCACCUACCCGCUGAAGGCGGAGAAGGGAACCUUCCACAUCAAGACACCUGAACGCACCUUCAUCCUGAAGGCGGUGACCCAGGAGCUGAUGCUGUACUGGCUGCAGCAGCUGCAGGUGAAACGAUGGCAACACCGACAGACGAACACCUGCACAGAAACAACAAACACUGCAGACGACUUCCUGCCGCCACUGAAGAGCCCACUAGGUCUGGUGGGGGAGGCGGCGGCGAGCGCUUCGACACCACGGACGCCGCUCGCCAACAUGUCCAUCAAACAUCCACUCAUCGAGAUCCAAAACUCGGUCCACAGUCUGAGGAAGAGAACAUCUCAGGACUGGAGUCCGAGCGUGUUCUACAGCGACGUCCUGCCGUGGACCCACACGGAACCUCAAAGAACCAGCACUGCAGCCUCCUCAUCCUCAGGGACACCUGCAGAGACUCCGCCCCUUCCUUCCCCAUUGGCCAAUCCAGCCAAUCAGGAGUCUCACUUAGGCAGCAGGAUGAAGACUGGCAGCUCGUCCACCAUGCCGGUCCUCCGUAGGGACAUGGCGUCCUCGUCCUCAGACCGAAUGUCCCGCCUGCAGCAGGAGAAACAGAUGCUGAUGGAGGAGGUCAAAGCUCAGAAGGAGCUGGUGUGGAUCCUCCACAAAGCCCUGGAGGCCGCUCAGCUGGAGAAGCGAACCUGUGCAGAGUUUUUGGCAGAGCAGGAUGAGCAGGAACGCCUGGAGCUGCUGCGGCACCGCGAGCGACAGGCGGCCGACCUGCGGGGUCGGCUGGAGGACGCCAAGAUGGAGGCGGAGACGCUGAGGAGGAGUCUGGCAGACAGAGACGCACAGGUGGCCGAACUGCAGGAGAACAUCCAGACGCUGAUGGAGAAAAACAAGGCCAAGCAGCAGGUGAUCAUGAAGUUGUCUGAUCAGGUGACCUCCUGCCUGUCUGACCCAAGACACCCCAGCUCGUCUUCUGCCGAGGUUCUGACCUCUGAGAGCUUCAAACAGCUUCAGCAGCAGAUCGAGAACCUGAAGGAUGACAUCGAAGCACACAAGAUUCAGAACAAGUUUCUGAACUCUGAGAUCUACCAGCUGACCAAACUGUGGAGGAAGAGCUCUGAGCAGCAGAAGAGCCUGAUGGUGAAGUGCGCCUACCUGGAGGCAACUAACUGUCAGAUGGAGAGCCGUUACCUAGGUGUCCUGAGGAAGCUACAGGAGACCAAAUCUCUGGAGCCAGGCCAGCGGGAGGCCGUGCAGAAGAUGAUAGAGGACGCUCUGAGGGGAGAGCUGAGUAGUGUCAUUCAUCUCAGCUCAGACAGGAGUCAUGACAAGUAUGGCUUUAAGAUCAUCCCAGACUACGAGGUGGAGGACAUGAAGUUGCUGGCAAAGAUCCAGGCGCUGGAGAUCCGGUCCCACAACCUGCUGCACCAGGAGGGGGUGGAGCGUCCCCUGCUGAGUCGCUGGGCGCAGUACCUGGCUGGCAGGUCGGACGACGACCUGUGCGCCUCACCUGAACUCAAAGUUCUGCUGCGCGGAGGCGUUCCACAGGAGUACCGACAGAGAGUGUGGCGCUGGGUGGUCCGGGCCAGAACCAGGACGAUCAGGGAGCACCAUCCUCAGCGCUACGAGCAGUUGUGUGAGAAAAGCAGGACGUCUCCUCAUCCAGUCUCCCGCCAGAUCCAGCUGGACCUCCACCGCACCCUGACAACCAAUCAGCAUUUCUCAUCCCCCUCCAGCCCCACCCUCCAGCAGCUUCGUCGCGUCCUGUUGGCCUUCUCCUGGCAGAAUCCUGCCAUUGGCUACUGCCAGGGACUCAACAGGUUGGCGGCGAUCGCUCUGCUCGUCCUGCAGAGUGAAGAAGAUGCUUUCUGGUGUCUGGUGGCGGUGGUAGAGGCCAUCAUGCCUCAAGACUACUACACAAAAAAUCUGGUGGCCUCUCAGGCGGACCAGCGGGUGCUAAAGGACUUCCUGCUGGAGAAGCUUCCCCGGCUUGCAGCUCACUUUGAGGGUCACAACAUCGAUGUGUCCCUCAUCACCUUCAACUGGUUCCUGGUGGUUUUUGUGGAGAGUCUGCCCAGUGACAUUCUGCUGCCGCUGUGGGACGCCUUCCUGUACGAGGGCACCAAGGUGAUCUUCAGAUAUACUCUGGCUCUGUUCAAAUACAAAGAAGAUGACAUCCUGAAGAUCCACGAUGGCGUGGAGAUCUACCAGUACCUUCGCUUCUUCACCAAGACCAUCUCUGACAGCAGGAAGCUAACAAGCAUCGCCUUCAACGACAUGAACCCGUUCCCAGGCCGCCUGCUGAGGAACCGCCGCGCGCUGCACCUGGAGCGCCUGCAGGGGGAGCUGCGCGAGCUGGAGGAGCAGCAGAAGGAGUUUGUCGUGGAGAAAACAGAGCGUAAAGACAAGGAGCUGGACAUGGUGGCGAGCGAAGACGAUGAUGAACUCUGAUCCUAGAAGAAGCUUCAUCCAACGCUCUGCUCAGGGUGUGAUGGAGUGAGUUCCUAGGAACUAGUGAUUUCAUCUGAAGUCGGUUUCCUGCUGGUCACAUGGUCACUGACAUGUUUCAUUUAUACAGGUCAUGAAUUUUCUUAAAAAAAACUUUCAUAAAAAAUAAAAUCAGCUCUAUGUAAACAUG